UAAAUGAAAAAAUCUACCGGCAAAAAUAAACAAAAUUUACGCGAAGUCACGAAACCCACAACUUCUAAUAAGAUAUCUAGAUUUAGCGUGUUCUGUUAAAACUCUAAAAGUAUUUUUUUCAUAAUAUGGCCUCGAAAAAGCCCAAAACCCAGCUUGUGGCUAUUUGUAAACUUGAAUUUUAUAGAAAACAGAAAAACUGGAAGUUUUCCUCCCAGGAACGUAAAGCGAAGGAUUCCAAGAGACGUACUAAUACCAAUGCAAAACUCAACCAGACGUACAACAUUGCACCGGCACCCAAGAAGCCAGAAGUGGAAACAGAGCCAGUAGCACCAGAACCAGCAGAGCCUGAGGAACAGCAAAACCUGGAUGAAGCGUUUGUGGAGGCGGAGACUGGGACAGCCUCGGAGUCGGACGACCCAGUGGUGGAAGGCCAGGAUAUCUUGAAAGAUGUCCUCGAAACUGAGACAGGAAAGCCUUCAUCUCAAUCGGAGCCCCCCUGGAUCCCCUAUUCGCCCCGCUGGUCCAUCCAACGCUGGGCGGAGCGCCACCGCCUCUGGAACCCUGAACCAAUCCAAGAUCCACCAUGCCCCACUUUUGACCCACCAUGCCCCACGUUUGAUCCACCGUGCCCUACUCGCGAUUGCCCCACACAUGAUCCAAUAUACCCUUUACAAAAUCAAGACAUUAACUGUCCAACAUACCCUCAACACAACCUUCAAGACGCUAAUUGUCCUAUCUUUGAUAACAACUACAAUAAAAUACAGCAAGACUUGUACUUGAAUCAAAACUUUCAACACUACCCUACUUAUGAUUCAAAGUACCCCACAUACACAAAACAUACAGAAUUCGACCCAAAAUAUGCAAGUGUGUUUUACUAUAACUCGUGCUACCAAGAGUUCGACGUGCCCCAUAGAGGGCAAAGUGAUGCAUUUGUGCCCCAAAAUGAUGUGAUGAAUGAGGGGAUAGAGUGGGAUGACCGGGAGUGGUGCGCGGGAGAGGGCGCGGCAUGGAGCGAACCGGGGUGGCUGGCAGGUACGACAGUGGCGCUGGGUGUAGGCGGGGGCGGGGUGUGCGGGCCGGGCGGGGAGGACGCCGUGGACGGGGACUGGCGGCGCGACCUGAGCUCGGUGUCUCGCUGCGAUAGCCUGCCUUCGGUGGCGAGCAGCGAAUUCAUUCGCGGCGCCGCGCUCGCUCCGCAUUCUACACAAAUCGACCUGCUGCUCGGCCCAGAACCAGCAACGGCAUUAACAGGCCCCGCGCUGGCCGCGGCCGUGGCUCGACAUUCUGCUGCCCUCCGCGAACUACUGCACGAGACACACCGUCGCCAACAGAUAUCCUCAAAGGAAACCUACGAUGAAAUCCCAGUCCGCGACCCCGGGUCCACCCAGUACCACCUUCCUCUUGGCUUUAACGACCCCAUCGUGGCCAGUUCGUUACGGAACACCCCGGACUUGCAGGGGCAGACCGGGCAAGCUGGACAGGGGCAAAGUGAGGUGGGGCUCGGGCGCGGGCGCGGGCGGCUCAGGGUGGGGAUCCGGAUGGGGCGGCCCUACAGGUUGUGAUUUUUUUUCUAUUCGGAGUUUAAAACCUAUAAUUACGUAUAAAAGAUUUAUUGAAUGUAUUAGAUGUGUCUUUCCCCUUCAUAAUACUUAGCAACCUUGGUUAAAUUGUGUCUCUUUGUAACAAACAGGGACAAAUGAUUAUCAGCGGUUUGUUAGAUUACUAUACAUUUUUGAGCAAGUUAUAUGCACCUCUAUUUUUACACUUGACUGUGAGAUAGAAUAGAAUAUAAUAGAAUUUUGUUUGUUGUGUUAAAUGAGUGAAUCGACUUUUAUAACACUGAUUUCGUGUAUAUCAAUAACGGGUCACUCACGUGUUUUAAGUCGAAAACGCUCGACAUGUUUCACUCCGUACCGCCGUCCGCACCGGUCGGUCACCGUCGACGCAAGCUCCUGAUGACGCUCCUCGGUACGGAGUGAAACAUGUCGAGCGUUUUCGACUUAAAACACGUGAGUGACCCGUUAUUAAUAUAUUUAAUAUGUCUGUGUCUCACGGAAGUUUUGUUAUUAAAACUGAUUUCGUGUUUUACUCCCUAGCAAAGAAAAAUCGAUUUUUUCAAAAACCGUGUUGAUUUUUUUUACUUUAUAAGGUAAGGCCCAAUCUGUAUAAUGUACACUCUGUUUCAAUCUAAUUUGAAACUUUCAAAUACUAAAUAAAGCAUUUCUUUUGUUUCAUUGUUUUCUGAAACAAACGAAAGUCACCCUAAUAUCUACUAUACAAGGUUCUAAUUAAAAAUAGGAAAACUUUGUAUGGUGGGCCUUACGAGGUUAUUGUUUAUACGGGCAUUAUUAGAUCCAUAAGUAUUUAGCACAUUAAAAUUUAUGCAGAAAAAAGGUUUUCUCUUAUACAAAAAUCAGGGACACGCCUUUUUUUGUAUUUUUCUGUUGCGUUACCGUACAAAAUGUAACUUUUAUCUGAUCAAGUUGAUUUUAAUGUAUUAAUUAAAUACUUAUGUAUCUAAUAAUGCCCGUGUAAACUAAAAAGUAAAAAAAUCAACAUGUUUUUUUGUAAAAUCGAUUUUUCUUUGCUAGGUAGUCACGAAAUCAGUAUUCUAAAAGUUGAUUCCCAUAAAUACAUGUGCGAAUAGGUAAUUCGCAACUCGUGUCGAUUUAAAACACUCCCAUCGGUCAUGUCACCACUCGUUGCGAAUUUCCAUUUUUCGCACAUGUAUCGUAAUGUACUAGUAUACAGUGUGGAAAGAUAAGUCGGGCCCUGGGGGGAAACUACCUUAAAUCCUUAAGCUGGCUCAUUUUACUUAAAGGAGACAUUCCUUUAUUUAAAAAAAAAAACAAAACUACAUUCAAAGAUUUUUUUAACUCGCUUGCGUCGCCCGGGACUCGAACCAACUAAAAUUAAAAAAACAAACACUCCCUAUUUUAUUAUACUAAUCGAUAAUAUUCUGAUUCAGGAUAAAAUUUCUCUAACAAACAUUUGGUCAUAAAAAUAAAAAUGAUCUUUAAAUCUAACAUUAUUUUACUAUCAAUUUUUUUACACUUAAAUUAUUUAACUGAUAAAUUGAUCGAAAUGAGCCCCCUCGUGCCGGCCGCCGCCGUUGAAAUUAAUUGAAAUUAGCAAGUGUUUUUUACUUGUUGAAAGUGAACAGUAACCAAAUGUUUGUUAGAGAAAUUUUAUCCUGAAUAAUAAUACUAUCGAUUAGUAUAAUAAAAUAGGGAGUUUGCUUUUUUAAUUUUAGUUGGUUCGAGUCCCGGGCGAGGCAAGCGAGUUUUAGAAAAUCUUUGAAUGCAGUUUUAUUUCUUUUUUUAAAUAAAGGAAUGUCUCCUUUAAGUAAAAUGAGCCAGCUUAAGGAUUUAAGGUAGUUUCCCUCCAGGGCCCGACUUAUCUUUCCACACUGUAUAUAAUACCUGUGCUGUUUUCUAAAUCGUUGUUUAGGUUGAAAAAACAACCGCCUUUAUUCAUUAUGAAUCAGAAAUAAUUAUUUUGAAACUUUUACAAAUGUAAUUCGAGAAAUGUUUAUCUAAAUAUUUAGUGUAAGUAAUGGUGAGCGGGUGGCGGGGUGUGUAUCGUAUAUCAAUAAAAGAAAUGGUUUUUGAAACAUUAUACAUAUAUGUAUAGUCGCUUUUCGCUGUCUGUCUGUCCCUAUGUUAGAUCUUUAAAACUACGCAACGGAUUUUGAUGCGGUUUUUUUAAUAGAUGGUGAUUCAAGAGAAAGGUUUAUAUGUAUAAUUUGUACUCUUGUAGGUUACUCUUAACAAAUUAUGCACCUAAACCUUCCUCAAGAAUCACUCUAUUGAUAGGCGAACAUACAUGCAUACAGACAGACAGACGCAGCGGGGGGGGGGGGGGGGGACUUUGUUUUAUAAGAUGUAUAGAUAAGUACCGGUACCUGUACUGCUCUACCGCCCUUAUGUAAGCGGAGUAUGUGUACAAGCGCAAGAGUUAGAAGCGACGAAAGAGCUUGCAGACGGUCUUACCCGAUGGACGGUCUGCCCCACAUUCACAUUAAACCUUGUAUUUAUAAGAUCGCCAUUUAUUGAUAUAGAUACGUCAUCCUGAUGUUCACAAAAAUGCCAUAAUGAUAUGCUGCGAAUGCCCUCCUAAGUGACCUACUGCUAUAGGUACCUUAUUAUAAUGAAUGUUCUUUACUCAAUACGUUGGUUCCUAAAUGUGUUCAAAAUGUUAGUAUUACUCAAUACGUUGGUUCCUAAAUGUGUUCAAAAUGUUAGUAUUAAGUUUUUUAAUUAUAUACAAAUAAAGUUUACGAAUCGUUAUUUAUUCAGUUAUAAUUAUAAAGGCAAAAUAGAGGCCAAAUAUUAAAAAAAAUCGGCACCCCACCUAUUGCUGGCACCAUUGAUCUUAUACAUAUAUAUGUGGUAUUUUCUAUAAAAAGGGACUUUAUUGUCGAUAGCGCUUACGCCAUUAUAAACGAUGCUCAGAUAUAAAUACAAUGCCGCGCGACGCUGUGCGGCGUAAGCGCCAUAGACAAUAAGGUCCCUUUUCAUAUAAAAUGCCCCAUAUAGCAGUGUAGUGUUGACUUACUAAAACAGGUGCCGAUGACUGGUCCUUUCAGUUUCAAUCAUUGAGUAUAGUUUCUAUCUCCUUUUACUAUUUACUACAUCAGUAGUAAAUAUACUACUACCAAGUAUACUAUCAAGUAUGUACGUUGGGGGUCGUCCAUUAUUACAUCACACAAAAUUUCGAUAUUUUACAGCUUUCUUACCAACUAUGGGACGCGACCCAUCAAUGGGUCGUGAGCGAAUAUUGAGUGGGCCCUGAAACAUACGACGACAUUCCGACCAAUCGGGCUAUCUGAGCGUUACCAAUAAUAUUUUAUGCAGUUUUUGUUAGAUGGGUCGAAGCCCAGUCCACGUUGGGAACCACUGGUCUAAUGUGUAUUUCCGUCUCACAUUUUGCUUAAAAACACAUUAAAGACAUAUUCGAGGUUCGAAUUGGUUCGUGGAUCGAUUGACAGCUAAUGUAGAUGGCGCUGUACGGAUCAGUAUAUUAUCCGGUGACUGGUUGUCAAAAGUUGACGUUAAACCCAUAAAACAUAUGGCGCCGUACAGUGCCAUCUUCUUAAGCUGUCAAACACGGCGGCACGUUUCUUAAACUUUACACAUUUCUGCCAAUGAAUUGAUCAAAACGCAAUUAAAUUAAAUUAAAUAUUGGUUUAUUUCAGGCCUGGGGCCCAUAAAAAUGUUGUUAUUAACAAUGCCUUAGUCUACAUUGGCAAUGUAACGUAAACGUGUUUUACGGAGUUUAUAUUUUUGUACUUUUGCAUGAUAUUGACAAAAAAUUGUGUCUAUUUUCUAAAAAAAAUGUGUAAUGCCGCAAUAAGCAUUAUUUGCAGUAACUUACAUAGUUUAUUAAAACAAGAUAUGGAAAUACUUAUAAAAAAUAGUAUUAAGGUUAAUGUGGUGAAGACCGGCAUAUGAAAUUUAUGGCAGGGAAGAACGUCAUAAGGCUAGAGUACUCUCGUAAAUAUUUGUGAUGUUUUCAAGAAAAAGGUACCACAUUGUCACUUAAAAUGAGGACGAAAUUUGCUUGCAUCUUUAUAUGUGGUAUUUUCUAUAAAGAGGGACCUUAUUGUCGAUGGAGCUUACGCCAUUAUUAACGAUGCUCCGAUCGAAAUACAAUGCCGCGCGACGCUGUGCGGCGUAAGCGCCAUCGACAAUAAGGUCCCUUUUAAUAGAAAAUGCCCCAUAUGAAUAACCUGUUAGCGCGUUCUUAUUAGUAAGCGACAAUGUGGUACCUUUUGCUUGGAAAAGACACAUUUGUAUACGUAUGUUGUUCAGACACAGUCAAAAACGAAGAGGCUGAGUUCACUCCUUUUCUACCGACCUCCUGGAAAAUGGAGUGUGUUCAGGUCGAUUCACGGAUCUAAGACACAUUCGUCAGAUUCCUUUUUCUUAUUUUUUUAGAGCUGGCACGAAUGAAAUUAGUGAAUGAAAAUAUCUAUCUGUGUAUCACAUUUACCAAUAAAAUGGCAGCUCUGACUGUAUACUGAUAUAUGUCUCACUCAUACAAUGAAACAUAAAACAGUGUUAACACUCCCUUUGUUUAUGUCCUUGCUAAGUUUAUGAAAGAUUCUAAUAUCAAGCUCUAGCCCCUUUCAAAAGUUUUUACCUGUUUGUUUAUUCAAACUUUCCCCUAAAUUUCCUUAAAAAAAGCAAAGAUGAUCCUGGCAGUUGGCUCAUUACUUUCUAUAGUUUCUAUUGGUUUUUCUGGACGCCCCUUUUUUCUUACUUUUAAUACUAUAGAAGUUUAGAUUCUUCAACCGAACAAGCAUCUACACGGACUGGAUCAAGAUCUAAUACUGAAAUUCUGCUCUCACAACCUUGAUGCUGGCAAAAUUGUCCCAAUGGACAGAUGCCAUAAGAACCAAGAACUGAACUGAACUCAAGUUAAAAGCGACGAAAGAGCUUGUAUACGGUCUUCCCUUUUAGACGAUCUUCUCCAUAAUCCACAUUGACCAUGCAAUGUUUUUGUAUCUAAAUAGAUACAAUCGUGACCAAUUAUUAUUAAUUGAUUAUGUGGCCAAUUCAAAUGAAUUGGCGCAAAUAUGUUUAUAGCGGCAGAAUUUUUGUGUAAAUCUCCUUCGUAAGUCUGUUAGAGUUCAACCAAUCUUAAAUGUGGAGAUAUCAUUUUACAUUCACAUCUAUUAAAUAUGUCAAUUAUUGGCAAUUUGAGUCUGAAAUCUAGAUCCAACCAGUACCUAUGAAAUUAUUAUUAUUAUUUUAGAUCCAGCUCAAAUACGAUUUUGUACAUUUUAAGAGGGAAUAACUUACUCGUUUAUACAAAAAGAGAAAAUGUUUUUUCACUUCUAAAUAUUUUCCAUUCUCCGUGAUUUUUAGUUUUAGUACGUUAUUGACACAAUGAAAGACUAGGUUUAUAGGUUUUUUUUUAAUUUGCAAUAAAAAAAACGAAACCCAGGUAGCAUUUAUACGUCAUUAUGACGUCAGCGACGUCUUUAUGACGUCAUUAUGACGUCGCUGACGUCACUGCUACCUUGGAACCUACCUAGAAAUCUAAAGCGAUCGACAUCAAAAUCAAAGUGAUUUGUUAAGAUUUAGUUAGUAUAUUUCAUAGAAAAAGUACUGUUAUUUCGUUAGGAUCGCGAAGCGAUUCUUCCCUCUUAAGCUUGGUUUUACUCUAUAUAUUAUGACCAGUAAGGACCAAGUAUAUGGGUAUCUGUAUUUUGAUACUGACAG